AAUGAUUCAAACAAACAAUUCUUCUUCCUCCUCCUCCUCCUCCUCCGUUAAAACUUUGAAAUCAUUCCCUCUCUUAGUUUCAAUCAAUUCAACCCUUUAAUUUUGUUUAUAAUCAUAAUCUUUUUUGUUAAUUAAUUAAUUCUCACAUCCUUUAAUCAUUCCAACUCUAAUUCCCUCCCCACCCCCUUUUCUUUUUCCUCUCUGUGGGGAUUGGCAGCAGAUCAAACAGAUUCUGUUUCUCUGUCUCUUUCUUCCUCAACCUUCUUCUUCUUCAUCACAGAGUGAGAGAGACAAAUCAACAGUAUAUUCCUUUGCUUUUUUCUCCAUUUGGGUUCCUCAAACAGAGACACCCUUAUUUCUUAAUCUUAUUUCUCAACCAUUUCAGGCCCCCAAUUCAUCAAAGAUGAUGAUGAUGGAGAAGGAGGAGAAGGUGGGGAUGAAGAUUUUCCAUUCAGCAAUAGUUUUCUUUUUCUCUCUUACCCUUUUGGUUUCUCCUUCUUUCUCUUUAGAUGAUGAUUCUUCUGCUCUAACUCGUUUCCGUCUUCAAGCUGAUUCCCAUGGCGGUUUACUAAGAAAUUGGACUGGUUCUGAUCCUUGUGGUUCUUCAUGGCGUGGAGUUCAGUGCUCUGUUAAUGGCCGUGUUGUUGCUCUUUCUCUUCCUUCUAUGAAUUUACGAGGCCCCAUUGAGUCUCUAGCGCCGCUUGAUCAGCUUCGCCUUCUUGACCUCCAUGACAACCGUUUGAAUGGAACCAUUUCACCGCUUGUUAACUGUACGAAUCUUAAGCUGUUGUAUCUUUCCGGUAAUGACUUCUCCGGCGAGAUUCCGCCGGAGAUCUCGUCACUGAGGCGACUUCUCCGACUGGACUUGUCGGAUAACAACAUCCGCGGUGGAAUUCCUGAGGAUAUUUCUAAAUUGUCUCGGCUUCUCACGUUACGUUUGCAGAACAAUGUCCUCUCCGGUACGGUGCCCGAUCUCUCUGUUUCGCUUGUGAAUCUCACUGAACUUAAUUUAACAAACAAUGAACUGUACGGGCGGUUGCCGGACGGGAUGAUGAAGAAAUUCGGUGAGAAGAGUUUCACCGGAAACGAAGGGGUUUGUGGGUCGAGUCCAUUACCGAUCUGUUCAGUUACUGGUUCGGCGCCGUCGUCGGAUCCUACUAGAACGGUACCGUCAAAUCCAAGUUCAUUGCCGCAAAACCCUAUUAUUGGUCCGAAUAGUAAAGAAUCUCGAAAAGGGCUGAGCCCUGGCGUGAUUGUCGCGAUUGUGAUCGCCAAUUGCGUUGCAUUGCUUGUGAUUAUCUCGUUCAUCGUUGCGUAUUACUGCGCUCGUGAUCGUGAUCGGAGUUCAAGCUCCAUGACCGGAAGCGAAAGCGGAAAGAGAAGGAAGAGCGGAAGUAGCUACGGAAGCGAGAAGAAAGUAUACGCUAAUGGCGGUGGUGACAGUGAUGGCACUAACGCUACAGACAGAAGCAAGCUAGUGUUCUUCGAUUGGAAGAAGCAAUUCGAACUUGAAGAUUUGCUGAGAGCAUCGGCGGAGAUGCUCGGAAAAGGAAGCUUGGGAACGGUUUACCGGGCAGUUCUUGACGACGGUUGUACGGUAGCUGUGAAGAGGUUGAAAGAUGCAAACCCGUGUCCGAGGAAGGAUUUUGAGCAGUAUAUGGAUGUGAUCGGAAAGCUGAAACAUUCAAAUAUCGUGAGAUUGAGAGCUUUUUACUAUGCUAAAGAAGAAAAGCUUCUGGUUUAUGAUUAUCUUCCAAACGGGAGUUUACAUUCUCUUCUCCACGGAAACCGAGGCCCAGGGAGAAUUCCGUUGGAUUGGACGACAAGGAUUAGUUUAGUUCUUGGAGCUGCUCGUGGUUUAGCAAGAAUCCAUGGUGAAUACAGUGCUUCAAAGAUCCCCCAUGGGAACGUCAAAUCUUCCAACGUUCUUCUUGACAAAAAUGGAGUUGCUUGCAUUUCUGAUUUUGGGUUGUCUCUACUUCUCAACCCUGUCCAUGCCAUUGCAAGGUUAGGGGGUUACAAGGCCCCAGAGCAAGACGAGACAAAACGUCUAUCUCAAAAAGCAGAUGUUUAUAGCUUCGGUGUUUUAUUGCUUGAAGUCUUAACGGGUCGUGCACCAUCUCUCUACCCAUCGCCUUCGAACCCGCGAAGCGACGACGAAGAGCAACCAGUGGACCUCCCGAAAUGGGUUCGAUCUGUGGUGAAGGAAGAGUGGACAGCUGAGGUUUUUGAUCCAGAGCUAUUGAGGUACAAGAACAUUGAGGAGGAGCUUGUGUCUAUGCUUCAUGUUGGGUUGGCUUGUGUUCUUCCUCAGCCUGAGAAGAGACCAACAAUGGCGGAAGUAGUAAAGAUGAUAGAAGAUAUUAGGGUCGAGCAGUCCCCGCUCGGAGAAGAUUACGACGAAUCACGUAAUUCGCUUUCACCUUCCUUAGCCACCACAGAAGAUGGUAUGUAACCAAAAUGUUCUUCCAUGUGGAUUGUUCAUUAAGAUGAUGGUUAGUUUAAAUUAAUCUUGUAUGCAUUUUCUCAUGCAAAUUUUAUGGUAUUUAUUCGAAUCUGUAUUUGGUGUUAAUUGUAAAACUUCGAUCCAUGUUUGCUCCUUGUUAGAGUGGGAAGCAUCACUUGAUCUUCCCAUAAAAGAUGUCAUUAAGCUAAUUAAUUUAAUUCUCUAUCAUGUAAUUUAAGGUUGGAGUAUAUAUAUAUUUUGUUUCUAA